AGGAGCGGGGCCAAGUUAAGAGCGGCUGGCGCGGCAGAGCUCGGCGCCCGAGGUUUUGGUAUGAACAGGAUUCGGAUUCACGUCUUGCCAACCAAUCGGGGGAGGAUCACCCCAGUGUCCAGAUCUCAGGAGCCCCUGUCGUGUUCCUUCACUCAUCGCCCAUGCUCUCAACCUCGUCUCGAGGGGCAAGAGUUUUGCAUUAAGCAUAUCCUUGAAGACAAGAAUGCACCCUUCAAGCAGUGUAGUUAUAUAUCGACGAAGAAUGGAAAAAGAUGUCCCAGUGCUGCCCCAAAGCCAGAGAAGAAAGAUGGGGUGUCCUUCUGUGCUGAACAUGCCCGUAGGAAUGCCCUGGCACUUCAUGCUCAAAUGAAGAAGACCAACCCAGGGCCUAUGGGUGAAACACUCUUGUGCCAGCUGAGCUCAUAUGCUAAGACAGAGCUGGGGUCUCAGACUCCAGAAAGUAACCGCAGUGAAGCCAGCCGAAUACUGGAUGAAGACAGCUGGAGUGAUGGGGAGCAGGAACCCAUUACUGUGGAUCAGACUUGGAGAGGUGACCCUGACAGUGAAGCUGAUAGCAUAGACAGUGAUCAAGAAGAUCCCCUAAAACAUGCUGGUGUCUACACAGCAGAAGAAGUGGCUCUGAUUAUGCGUGAGAAGCUAAUUCGUUUGCAAUCUUUGUACAUUGAUCAGUUUAAACGACUUCAGCAUCUGCUCAAGGAGAAGAAGCGCCGGUACUUACAUAAUCGCAAAGUGGAACAUGAAGCUCUAGGUAGUAGUCUCCUGACUGGCCCAGAGGGACUUUUGGCCAAAGAACGAGAAAACUUGAAGCGAUUAAAGUGUCUCCGGCGAUACCGCCAGCGCUAUGGAGUGGAAGCCUUACUACACAGGCAGUUGAAGGAACGCAGAAUGCUGGCCACAGACGGUGCCGCCCAACAGGCCCAUACUACUCGUUCCAGUCAGAGGUGCUUGGCCUUUGUGGAUGAUGUUCGUUGUUCCAAUCAGUCUCUUCCAAUGACCAGACACUGCCUUACCCAUAUUUGUCAGGAUACCAAUCAGGUUCUCUUCAAAUGCUGCCAGGGAUCUGAAGAGGUACCCUGCAACAAACCAGUUCCUGUAAGCCUCUCUGAGGAUCCCUGCUGCCCACUGCAUUUCCAGUUGCCUCCCCAGAUGUAUAAGCCGGAGCAGGUACUGUCUGUGCCAGACGAUCUGGAAGCCGGCCCCAUGGAUCUGUACUUGAGUGCUGCUGAGCUUCAGCCCACUGAGAGUUUACCUCUGGAGUUCAGUGAUGACUUGGAUGUUGUUGGUGAUGGUAUGCAGUGCCCUCCUUCACCCUUGCUUUUUGAUCCUUCAAUAACCCUUGAAGAUCAUUCAAUCAAAGAAAUUGCUGAAGGCCCUGUGGAUAUCUUGGGCCAGAUGCAGAUGGCUGGGGAUGGGUGCAGAUCCCAGGGAUCUCGAAAUUCUGAGAAAGCCUCUGCACCAUUGCCUCAAAGUGGAUUGACUACUGCAAAUGGGAAGCCAGAACCCCCUUCUAUCAGUUGAUAGUGUGUUUGGGGGACCGUUUGACUUUGGUGGAUUUAAAUUUCUCAUUCUUCAAACAAGUGUUUCUCUGAUCAUCUCUCACUAAACAAGGGCAACCCAGACUACCUUGUUUUUCUUCUGGAUUGAGUGCUGUAGUUAAACAUACAACCAAAUAUGGAGAGAAUGGACCAAUAGUUUUCAAAAGUCACGGCUUCUUCUCACUCUGAGAAAGAAAGAGUGGUAAUUCUUGUCAAAGCUUCUGGGAUUGAGUAUUUGGGACUAUGCCUAAGGGGAAAGAGACAUCUUUGUAAUGGGAUUUCCUAAGUCAUGGACAGGAAUCCACAUAGGUGGCCAGGUGGGAGCUAUCUCUGAGUAGUGCCCUUGAGAUAUGUCUGGUUAUCGAAAGCGCUACAUUUUAGCCUGCCUUCACCUUCGAUUAAUUGGGUAGUCUGAACCCCUUUCCCCAUUAAACUCUGACUUUUAUCCUGUGAGAAAAUAGCCCACAGGACUGGGCCCUUCUUAAUUACCUAUCUUGCUUCUAACCUGUGUAAAUUUCUGUGGUGGCUGUCUUAUGUAAGAUACAGUAAAAAUUUAUUGUAUAUAGUUUCUAUUAAAUGUUGAAGGAAAUGUUAUGAAAAUGUAAAACAAUUAUCUGAAUUGGAUGCAUAUUUUGUUUGUAUUUGAGAAUGUCAUUUCUGGGUUUUAGAGACCUGUCUCUGAUGGGAAAGGGAAAAUGGGACACACAAUAAUUCUAUCCCAGGAAGUAAAUAAAUGUUCAGUGGCUCGUUUUGGUUUUGGUUUGAAAGAUAAGGUAAAAACCUGGAAGAAGUAAAUGAGAAGGGGCAGGACUUGUUAAAGCCAACUAGUUUUAAAUAUCUUCCUUCUUUUCACCCUCUACUCUGUGUCCCUUACUCCUGCUCUCAUUUAUUUCUCACAGUUAAAGCCAUCUCAGGGAAGUUGAGCCUGAUGCUGGAUCAGCAAGAUAGAUAUAGAUAGGCAUUGUCAAGAUUAUUUUGAUGCUAAAUCUUAGGGUAGGGUUAUAAUAGAAGUUAAGUUAGGGUUAAGCUUGAAGUUGUCUGUUACUAUAAUGCGUUAUGACAAGUAGUCCAAAAGAUUACUUUCUGUAAGAACUGAAGUGAGUACACAAGGGUUGAUACAGUUAUACCAUCAUCAAGAAUUUUAUUUACAUCCAGAGAAUGAAUGGUCAGAACUCAUAGAAGUCCCAUCAGAUGAACUGAGUAGGUCAUCUUUAAUAGAUCUUCCCAUGGUUUGGUUUGUGGUUCCCACUGCUUUUUGGUUUCUCUAGUACUUUUUAUGCUUUAUCCACAAAGAUGAGCAUUACUUAGACAGCUAUGAGAAUGGACAUGACUCAACAGGAUUACAGAUUACAUAUCCUCUUCCCGUUUUUUAAAGAAGUGAUCUGCAGAACACUGGUAUACAGAUCACCCAAGGUGAUUGUUAAGAAGUAAACAGGCCCAUACCACUUUCUGGGGUAUGAAGUCCAGGGAAUCUGUAUUCUUAACACCCCUGAAAUUCUUACAGCAACUCAAGUUCACAAACCCAUCUAUGGUGAGUUUUGAGAAGGCCUUAUAUAGCUACCAUUUUCUUCCAAGGUCCUGGCUCUUACUAGUCACAGGGAAGAUAGGAGGGUUGGCCUCAGACUGUAAAAAUAUUGGCCCUGCUAAUGGAGUCCCCAAGCAAAAGUUGCCUGUUAGAAAAAAAUGGCCUAAUGGCCCUAUUGUGCUCAGUCAUUAGUAGCAGCCUGAGUGAAGUGUGAUAACUUGGUAGAUUCAAAGGUGAGGAAGCUGAAGGCUGUCGGUUAACUCUAGGGCUGGUUUUCUUGAAAUCUGGGUGGUAUACCAUACCUCCAUGGCUACUAUGGUUUGGUCUUUGUGUUAGAUCUACUUUUCUCAGGCGUGUUCAUGAUUCCUGAGGAGCCUCUUUUAGGAGAAGCUUGGGACAAAUCACAACUCCUAUUGCUAUAGUUUGUCUGAAGGCCACAAAGGGUAGACAUCCGCAGAAUACUAGCAUACAGGUCCCACUCCACUAAACAUUCUAAAUCUCCUUUGUCCUUGCAUAUGGAUGGUAGGUCCUGGCUUACCUGGUCAUGUGAACCUACUUCAUUCAUAAGGUUCCCCACCCCCAGGCCAAGACCCGGCAAGGCUGCAGACAAGGGGUCUUGAGUGUUCGGUAGUACCUUUCUCAGGCCAGGGUUGCUGCACAUUUUUAUUGUGUGAGGGAGUACCAACCUGCACCUGUGGUAGACAGAAUAAUCCUGUAAAGGUGUCCAUAUUCCAAUCCCUGGGACCUGUGAAUAUGUACCUGCCUUGGUGUCCUUGAGGAAUAGUAUCAUAUUAGGGGCUUGAUGUUGGUCUCUGUUGCUGGCUGGUGAGACAUCUGGAGGGGGCAGGAGCUAGUUGGUAUGUAAGAGUCCAUGCCAGCCUAGCCUCCAUCUGUCACUGUGUCUACUUCACUUAUGUGCCUGUCCUAGCUCUGGGGUGGCGGAUGAUGAAGGCUGGCUAACAUUAAAUGACCAAAUCAUUUUGUCCA